AUGGCGACGUGGCUGCUCCUGGUGCUGCUCGUGACCCCCGGGGGGGUCCUCCCUGCCCCGAGGGGGGGGCCCGAACCACGGGGGGGUCCCGACCCCCUCUCGGCCGUGUCGGACCCGGAACCCCUUGAGGGUCCCGAGCCCCGAGGGGAUCCGGAGCCCCGGGGGGGUCCCGAGCCCCGGGGGGGUCCCGAGCCCCGCUUGACCGUGUCGGACCCGGAGCCCCGGGAAGAUCCGGAGCCCCGGGGGGGUCCCGAGCCCCGGGAGGGUCCCGAACCCCGCUUGGCCGUGUCGGACCAGGAGCUCCGGGAUCUCUCCGAGCGGCUCCUCGCGGCCGAUUCGAACCGGGCGGGGCCGGGGCAGCUCGAGCUGAACCUGCAGAGCCCCGAGGGCGACUCCGGGAGCCAGAGGCUCUUUUCCUACGUGGCCCCGGCGCUGCUCUCCCGCCCCACGUUUUCCCGGCUCCUGGCGCUCCUGGACAAUUACGAGCCGCAGACGGGGCUGGCGGAGGCGGUGACGGACGAGGAGCGGCGGGAGGAGCGGGAAUUCCUGGAGGCUGCGCUGGACACGCCGGUCCUGGCGCUGCUGGAGAACUUCGUGCUCAGCAAGGGUCUGUACCCCUCAGCCGAGUCCUUCCGGACCGACCUUCACUCCAUGUGGUUCGGGCUCUACUCGCGCUCAGGGGGGAAAGUUCUGGAUUCCUCCGGCUUCGAGCACGUGUUCCAUGGGGAGGUGAAGAAGGGGUCGGUGUCUGGGUGUCACAACUGGGUGCAACUGCAGGCGCUGGAGAGGGCGGGGAGGAUGGAAUACCUGGGAUACACCUGGGACGGACCCUGGACGGGGUUCCCGGACGUGCUGUCGCUGCGGUUCCGCUGGGACGGGUACCCCAAACCUCGGGGGUCGCUCCUGGUGGGCUCCAGCCCCGAGUUCGACCUGGCGCUGUUCACCCUCUGCUUCCUGGCACGGCCCGACCGGCAGUGCCACGUCAGCCUGGGGGGCGAAGCGGCCACCAUCCAGACCUACUCGUGGGACCAGCAGCCACUCGUGGCCUCUGCGUAUCCCCUGACCCCCUGAGCCCCCCAAAACAGCC